AUGACGGAGCCCCUGCGCGGCGUCUGCAGCUCACCGCAGUCGUCAGUCGAUGGCGAAGCGGACACCGCUAGUGCGUCGCGCUUCAGCUUCUCUCCGUCAAGUACCGCUGCGCAGAGCACGCGUCGCUCGACGGCCGCGGAGCCGCGAUCGACCGCGUUGAAGACGAUCGUACCUAGCAGGAAAAAACGCAACAGGACCGCGGCGAGUCCGAAACGUACCCACGAGUUGGUACACGCCGCACCGCGCGACUUUGUCGCGUACUUAGCCGAGCACUUGAGGGCAGAGCCGCAGCUUAAGUACGCGAGCGGGACGACACAGGACGCGAUCGUAGAGCUGCCGACGGUGAAGCAGUGGCCGAGUAAACACCAGCGCGACGCGUUUGUGCGCUGGGUCCGCUCGCUCGGCUUUGGACCGAGUGGUGCGCUGGGACGCAACGUACUUUGUGCUGCUGGGGCAAAGGCUGACGAGGUGCGGCGUGCACUGACGCUGGACGAGGCUGGUCCACCUGCACGCCGUGUCCGUCGAACUACCAACAGGAGCCGCGAAGCUGUUGUUGCGAGUGACGGUUGUUUACUUGGUCAUGGUGACGAACAUCAUGCUGGAGACGGGAGAAGCCAGAGAGAAGAGUACGGAUCGGAUGCCCCAAUGGUCCGGUUGAAACAGUACUUUGAGAAGCUAGAAGCUCAGACGCUCGAAGUUGUGUCGUUUUCCGAGCAUCACCGACUGCUGUCGUCGUGGCAGCACAAAGCAAUCGCCGAUGCAAUGGAAGAUGUGCUGGCACAACCAUCGAAGCGUCGAGACCGUCGACUCGCGCGUCGACGAUCCAUGCUCGAGAGGACACCAGCUCGACGGCUAUCUUCUAUAGCUCUUACAUCGCCGUGUCGUCUUCUUCCACCGGUGGAUGACGACUGGAUGUGGGAUCGAGAAAAGCUCGAUAGGAGGAUGUCGUUGACUCCAGUCAAGCGACGUAUCGCGCAAAGCGACAAGCGACCAACUGAAACAGAGAACGUGCAAGGAGAACGUGUGUUGUGUCUCGUUCUCCACUCUGGCGUGAUCGAUGUCAAGUCGUUCAGGGACGUGCUUCGGCAAGUCUCGAUCAUGGCAUACGCUUGGGUUAUCGCAGAUUACUCUAAGAAAGUGAAUCAUUGCUCAAUGACCGAUGUAUACAGACGUCAUCCACGCGGCCAUUACCACGCAAGUGGGGCUUACAAAGAAGUGUACAAGGUGUACUCGUCGGAGCAAAACCGCCUUGAGGCCAUUAGCGUGAUGAAUGUUAGCGCACUGGAAGAAAUUGGCAACCAGAGUGUCAUUCGCCAAGAGGUGGCCCACUCAGUGUUGCUGUCACACGCAACCGAGGACGGUAUUUGCCCGAACUUUCUUCGAGUAUACGAUGUAUUCCUUGCACACGAUCAACCUCGAUCUGACUUAUGGGGAAGCAAAACGCACCGCAAGCCGGUUGAGUUGCUAGCGAGCGCGGAUGCCAAUCCCAGUGCGGAUGCUUGCGAGGAAGACUUGGCGGUGUGUCCAAGUGACAACAGCGAGCGGUUGUUCCAGUACAUCCGGAUGGAAUUUUGCGACGGUGGCGAUCUGGAGAACUUCAUUGCGCUGCAGAAAGAUAAGAUCCUGCCUGUGGCAUGUGUGGCUGUGCCAUUUUUCUUCCAGAUGGUUUACAGUCUUUACUGUGCCCGAGAGAGAUUUAACCUGCGGCAUUGUGAUAUCAAGCUCCUCAACUUUUUUCUGAAAGACAUUGGCAGCAGCAAUGUCCACAAGGAUCUAGGAUCUGACGUCGUACUACACUACCUACUGGAAGAUGCCUGUUUCGUUCUUCGAAUGCCUGCCUCCUUCUCGUAUUGGGUCAAGCUCGCAGACUACGGUGCAGCCGACUCCAACCCGGAAAACCUGGGAAAGUCUGUCACGAUCGACCAGUUCACGACACUUGAAAACUCACCGAUCGAGCACCUGCUGGAAGGUGAUGCAGCUGAGCAGUCUUAUGCCGCGGACACAUUCUGUUUGGGUCUAUGCAUGCUACACUUGUUUACUGGAAGCGCACCAUACGAAGAAAUUAUGGACGACGUGCGCUGUCCUGAGGAGCUUCUGAAAGGCCUGACUAGCGUUUGGAUGAGUCCGCGUAAGAACUCGGGGUUUUCUGUGAUAAAGAGCGUGGCGCGCGGCGAUGACGUCGACACGCUCUGUCACACACUCUACCGCUACCUUGUGCUAUUUGGGCUACCUGAGCGAAACCCAAGCGAAAGCAGAGGAAUCGAUAAGGUGUGGCAAGUGUUGUUAACACACUUGCGGCCAGAGGAUCCAGCGCUGACGCACCUUCAACGACGAUCGAGACGAACAAAAGGCGUGAAUGAGGCGCGACUGCUCGCAACAUCGCAGUUUGACAAGGACAAGUCGUUGUACUCCAUCGCUAAUGGUUCGAACGACAUCAUUCGUCGAUGCCGUGAAGGACUGCAAUCGACAUCUGGGGCAAUGGAGCUGCUGAAGGAGCUGGUGGCGUUUGACCCGGUCAAGCGUCCUACACUAAAGCAAGUGAUGUUUCACCCGGUGUUUUCAGGCCACCGCCUGCCUUCCAAGAGCAAUGAAGCCGCCCCGCCGGACUAUGUAAUCACUUACUACAAGAACCGUCAUCGAGGUGGUCGCACGAUCCCGGACGUGUAG